GCAACUCAACCGUUUCCUCGAGAAAAGCGGCGCUCACUCAUGUCCGCGGCUGAGGCGAGGCCCGGCUUCGGGGCACCACAGGGGGCGAUAGCGGGUCUCUGGCAGCGGAGGGAGGGGGACGCGGAGGGCUUCUGUGGGCAACGGCCGCCGCCGCCUCCUCAAGAAGCAGAAGAAAAGGCGGGCGUUUCGCCACCCGCUGAGGUGAAGCGGCGACGGCCGAGCGAGGAAGAAACGGAGGGGGUCGCGCUGGUGGGAGAAGCGGAGGAGAGCGAGGCAGCGCUAGGCGACAACUUGUCCCCAGCCGCGGGUCCGCCGCCGAGUUUCUCUCCCUCGGGCUGGUGGCGACGACUGCAGCGGCGACUCCUCUCCUCUUGGCCCUCGGCGCCGCCGCCUCCGGGGACCCAGCGCUGCCCCUGCGCGCCAGCCCGCUCCAUCGCGCACUGUUGUCAUGGAGGAGCCAAAAUGGCGGCCCUGGCCUACACCCUGGGCAAGCGGGAGAUCAACCACUAUUUCAGCGUGAGGAGCGCCAAGGUGCUAGCGCUGGGCGCUGUCCUGCUGCUCGCUGCCUGCCACGCCGUUUCCCGCCGGUACCAAGGGGAUGAUUCUUGUGAGUACCUUCUUUCCAGUGGGAGGUUUCUUGGGGAGAAACUAUGGCAGCCUCACAGCUGUAUGAUGCAUAAAUAUAAACAGGGUGAAGCAAAAGACUGCCUUGUAGACAAACAUAUUACGUUUAUAGGGGAUUCUAGAAUUCGUCAGCUGUUUUACUCCUUUGUAAAACUUAUAAAUCCGCAAAUUAAGGAGGAGGGAAACAAGCAUGGAAACAUUCCUUUUGAAGAUAAAUCUUCAUCCCUUAAAGUGGAUUUUCUGUGGUAUCCGGAAGUCAAUGGCUCCAUGAAGCAACAGAUCAAGUUAUGGACUGAGGGAUCCUCUCCAAAGCCUAACAUAAUUAUUGCAGGAGCUGCUACGUGGUCCAUCAAAAUUCAUAAUGGCAGCAAUGAAGCCCUCACACAGUAUAAAAUCAAUAUCACAUCCAUUGCACCUCUUCUGGAGAAACUUGCAAAAAGCAGUGAUGUCUAUUGGGUCUUACAAGAUCCAGUCUAUGAAGAUAUGUUGAGUGAAAGUAGGAAAAUGAUCACUAAUGAGAAAAUAGAUGCCUACAAUGAAGCAGCGGUCAGCAUUCUGAAUAGCAGUUCAAAAAAUUCAAAGGCUAAAGUGAAAGUCUUCAGUGCAUCUAGGUUGAUAGCAGAAGAAACCGUAAUGUUGUCCUCGGAUGGCUUACAUCUUCCCGAAUCCAGCAGAGAAAUGAGUGCGAUGAUUCUCAUGAAUGUCUACUGCAACAAGAUUAUGAAGCCCAUUGACGGAUCCUGUUGCCAGCCUCGACCUCCCAUCACUCUGAUACAGAAGAUAGCCUUCUGCUUUUUUGGUUCAUCUGUAAUUGGAUAUUUAAGUUUGGUCCUUAUUCGGCGUAACAAUCAUCGAAAAAACAAGCCGUGCAGUGAUAUGGAAAGUGGAGAAGAGAAGAAACCUGCUACUAAUACUCCAGCAGUUUCUACUCUAGAGACACUUUUGUUGUGCUUGUGCAAGCUUGGCUUGAUUAUGGCCUACUUCUACCUGUGUGACAGAGCAAAUCUGUUCAUGAAGGAAAACAAGUUCUACACUCACUCAUCCUUCUUCAUACCAAUCAUUUACAUAUUGGUGUUAGGGGUGUUUUAUACUGAAAACACUAAAGAGACUAAAGUGUUAAAUAGGGAGCAGACAGAUGAAUGGAAAGGAUGGAUGCAGCUUGUCAUUUUGAUCUAUCAUAUUUCUGGAGCAAGCACUUUUUUGCCUGUUUACAUGCACGUCCGAGUAUUGGUUGCUGCAUAUCUAUUCCAAACAGGUUAUGGACAUUUUUCUUACUUCUGGAUUAAAGGAGAUUUUGGCAUUUAUAGAGUGUGUCAGGUCUUAUUUCGACUGAACUUCCUAGUUGUGGUGUUGUGCGUAGUGAUGGAUCGGUCUUACCAAUUCUAUUAUUUUGUACCUCUAGUCACUGUCUGGUUUAUGAUCAUAUAUGUUACAUUAGCACUGUGGCCUCAGAUAGUCCAGAAGAAAGCCAAUGGAAAUUGCUUCUGGCAUUUUGGUUUACUGCUGAAACUAGUUUUCCUGUUCAUCUGUAUAUAUUUUCUAUCAUGUUCUCAGGGUGCAUUUGAGAAGAUUUUUUCUCUUUGGCCAUUGUCCAAAGGUUUUGAAUUAAAUGGGAGUGUCUAUGAAUGGUGGUUUAGGUGGAAACUAGAUCGAUAUGUUGUUUUUCAUGGAAUGUUGUUUGCUUUUAUUUAUCUAACAUUUCAGAAACGGCAAGUCCUAUCAGAAGGAAAGGGAGAACCACUCUUUCCCAGCAAAGUUUCAAAUGUCUUGUUAUUUAUUUCAGUAGUUUCUUUUCUGACGUACUCUAUCUGGGCAAGCAGCUGUAAAAACAAAACCGAGUGCAAUGAAAUGCAUCCUUCUGUUUCAGUUGUGCAGAUUUUAGCUUUUAUCCUCAUAAGGAAUAUACCUGGCUAUGCUCGUUCUGUAUACAGUUCAUUUUUUGCCUGGUUUGGCAGAAUUUCUCUUGAGCUCUUCAUCUGCCAAUACCACAUUUGGCUUGCAGCAGAUACCAAGGGGAUCUUGGUCCUUGUCCCUGGAAAUCCCAUGCUCAACAUUAUCAUCAGCACUUUUAUAUUUGUAUGUGUGGCACAUGAAAUUUCCCAGAUCACAAAUGAUCUUGCACAAAUUGUUGUUCCGAAAGAUAAUGCAGUUCUGCUGAAAAGGUUGCUAUGCAUAGGUGGAUUUUUUUCAGGACUUCUUUUUUUAUCAGCAGUUAAAGAACAAUCAAGGCAUUAAAUUUUAUGAAAUCCUUAAAGCUUAACUUCAGGCUAAUUUUGUGUCUGCCUAAGCCAAAAGAAAAAUUAGCUGGAAUUAAACAGCACACACAAAAAAAGGCAAAAUGAAGUCUACUGAACUUGUAUGAAGUGGAAAUGUCACUAUUUUUGUGUGGGCAUUUCUAUCUACUAAGGAAUAUAUGCACGUGAAAAAUACAUCUUUUGUACUGGAACAUCAUUUCUGUUUACAAUUGUUGAAAGAUGGAGGAAGGUUUGGUUAACCAAGCCAUCUGGUGACUAGCAUUUUUUUUUCCCUUGAGGCAUUAUCAAGUUGUUAAUAAUUUGUAGCAUACUGCAGUUAAUGCAUUUGUAUGUUUCAAGAAGCUGCUUUGCAAUCGUAACAGUGCCAUCCUAAGCAGGGGUAUUCUUCUAAGUCCACUGAAGCCAGCGGGCUUAGAGGGAUGUCACUGUCUAGAAUGACACUGUAAGUUCCCGUCAUAGUAUACCUUACUUACAGAACUAAUUUCCCUGAACGUCAGCACAUGGCACCAUAAUAAAUAGCUUAAAGGCUGCAGCCUGUCCUUAAGAAUUCAACGUUACUCCACGAUUGGAUUUUUCUUUUUUCUCUUCCACAACAUUAAUCCUCCUUUAAUUCCAGUAAAAAUUGUGUUGUUCCCGGUGUCUGUUCAGGAAUUGUUUGGGGAUGAAGCUAAACAGUAGUUCAAACUGAACUACUGAACAAACUGAAGAAUGGGUGGGAGUUUCAAAUGCCGCCAUUGCAAGCCAGUGAGUGGCCACUGGGGUGGGGGCGAUGUAUGGAAUAUUAAAGGAUCUCUUGUAGCACUCGGCCCCUCACGCUGCUUCCUGGGAGCUGUGGAUCUCCCGUGAGUGGGUGGCGAUGUUCUGAAUUAAGAAAAUUAGUAACUAUUUUAGGUAUAGCUAAUACGUAUCAAGGAAAACUUCCUAACGCCGGAGGGGCGUGGUACGCUCACAAUAAUAUUCAUGUUUACAAAUUAUAUAUCAGCAUUUCAGUGAACAUAGUUUUCAGUAAUUUUGCUGUUCCAUUUGGAAUGCCUGAGCAGUCUUAUUGUUAUUUCUAAAAUUGUUUACUUUUUCAUGUUUUCUGCUUCUGUAAUCAACUCUGUGCAUCUUAAAUAUUAAUGUCAGAAGGUUAAGUGAAAAUGAAAUGUCCCCUGCUGUUCUCAUAUCAUUUCUGAUUCCCAUCUCUUGCCAUAGUAAAGUCAUGUGUAUAGAAAACCUGAGUACAAUUCAACUCCCGUUCUCUUUGACCACUGAAAAUAAUUUCCAAUAGGUCUCUCCAUAUGAACUAUACACUUAUCUAUUACAAACUCUUCAGUGAAGAGGUCAAGCAGCUUCCUGUAAAUAUCAUGCAGAUACCUACGACUAUCAUGCAGCUUGUAAACACUGGGUUAGUUCCAACGAUCCAUCAGUGGAAGGUGCUGCAAGUCACAGAUCUUCCCCUGUUUUCCCCUCCUCCUAGCAGCCCUUCUGACCCUGGGAAAAGUUGAUUCCUGGAGUUGCAGGAAGCCACCUGGAGUAAUAACCACAUGGUUUAGUGAGCUGUAGUGAGGAGGUGGAAGGGGGUGAAAUUCUACCUCUUCCAUCAGUGGGACAAGGAAAUGACUUUGUCCUUUUCUUUUUCUUACUACUCCAUGCAGGUCCUGUAACCCUGGGUACAAUUGUUUUUUUCAUUUAGGAAAAUAUAUUUGUUUCAGUGCCUAGCAUUCAAAUCCUUUCAGAAUUAAGAACAGCAACCCUGAAUAGACUGCCUGAAAAGAGACAAAAAAUAUCAACAUCAGAAAUAUAGGACCUGAAUCUGUUUUACUCAUCACUCCUUUAAAAGGUCUGUAAAAAUACCCAUGUGUUAAAAUCCCCCAUGUUUUUUAAAAUGAGAAAUGGGUUGUUUUUUCUAUCCUGAAUGGAUGCAUUAAACAGCUGCAGGUAAUGGGAGGUACAGAAAAGUUGUUUAUGGUUGAUCAAACUAGUCUCUAGAAUUAUCUCAAUCUAUUAUUUUUCUUACCAUUUUAAGUGUGCUGCAUAGAUAGGAAAAAUAAGAGUUCAGAUUGAAGAAGGCAGAUUGCAACUUAAAUUCUGCAGAUAAAAUUUAACACGGAUUCUUUGUCUUGCUGAAAUGAGAAUUCCAACCUACUUUGUUUGGGAGCAGGAAGACAUUUAUACAAAUAAAAAUAAAAUGUUUGGGAUAAAAUCAUACAUGGGUUUCGGUCCAAAGUUUCCUUUUCAGAAGCUGCCCUUUUAGCACUGUAGGGAAGCUAGAUGGGACACUAGGAGAUCCAGGGUUGGAUCUGCACAGGCAGUGCUUUAAAGAUAAUUUACAGUUGCGUGCGGUUCAUAUUGGAGCCAUGCAGCUGGGAGAUGGGAUUAAUCCUUUUACCCAACACUGCUUUACUUACCCAAACUGCUCCAUGCGCUGCUUUUUGCCCUGAAAGUCCCGCCCCCUUCCAGAGUGCGUAGUGCAGGCAGGGCUGUUUUGAAAAUCCAAACUGCAGGGACUGAUGGAUUAUUCCCCCUCUUCCCACGCAGCCCCAGUAUUGCUUUUAAAAAAUGCACAAAAGAUCUAAUGAUGGAUCUGCCAGUGUCUCGUUUAGCUCCAAAAGCAGCUUGGGACCUUGGUGCAGGGCUUAUGAGGGAAAUAUUUUUCUCCCUUUAAAAAGCAAUUAUGCCCUGUCCCCAAUCAUACCGUUUAAACAGCAUUUUGAGACAGCUUUUGUAAACAAAAGGAAAAUACUGUAUCGGUAGGCAUGGAAGUUGUGCGCGUGCUCUUUCCGGACACAGCCUCAGACAGCAGCAGUGUGUCCCAGUUAUUCUGGGUUUGCUGCUUAUUGUUUUAGCACUUGAAGAAUAAACAGACAGUAUUUGUUUUCUAUGCAUAUGUGCAAUUAUAAGUAAUGAUAAACAAAAUGGCUUUUUAUUUAAAGAAAGUAUAUGCCUUCCAGUAGUGAAAGUUUGGAAUCCCAUCAUGAACAGCCAUACUGAAUUACUGUUACUAAGAGACUUCCACUGAAGAAUUAUGGACCCCCGAUUUCUUUCAUGUAAUGCUUAGUUGAACUGCCUUGCUGGGUAUGUUGAACAGGAAGAACACUAAAGUGUGCAAGUUACUUUGUCAGUGCUCUCUUUCCACUUUUACUUCGCCACUAAUCAAUACAUUUGAUUGACUGUUUCAGUUUAGUUAAGCACUGUAUGGUUGAUUGGCAAGUCAUGGAUUGCAUUUACAAAUACCAUGCAUAACGUUUUUAAGAGGUGAGAACUCUUGUUAGGUGUCGGAGGUUUUUUAUGUUUAUAAACCAAGUAUUGUAGAUAUUUUAUUUAUCUGUUGUACAGAUUUGGUUAAAGAUUAUUUUUGUUGGAAAUGUUGCACUUGUUUGCUUAUUACUGUAUGUGGGAUAAAAUAUAUUUUCUUUUAAA